UCCCCUCAUUGGACGCGGCCGGGCUCCGCCUCCGGCGUAUAUUAAUGAGGCCGGGCGCGCUGCGCUCUUUUCUGCCGUGUUCCGGGCGGCCGCCAUCUUGUUUUUGUGUUAGGCCGGAGCCGGUGUGUGUGCGGAGUCAGUGAGCAGAGAGCGGGGCGCGCCCCGGGGGGAUUGAUGUCCAGCUCGCCGCUGUCCAAGAAGCGUCGCGUGGCCGUAUCUGAUACAAAGACGGGUUCAAACUGCUCAUCCUCCAAUUCUGUGAGCACAGGACAGACGCCAGCCAACGGCAUGGCUCGAAACGGGAAUGAAGCCGAGAUCGAUGAGGGUCUUUACUCGCGUCAGCUCUACGUGUUGGGUCAUGAGGCAAUGAAGCGGAUGCAGAACUCCAACGUCCUCGUCUCUGGGAUGGGCGGCCUCGGCGUGGAGAUUGCCAAGAACAUUAUCCUGGGGGGAGUAAAGUCGGUCACCAUCCAUGACCAGGCCAACACGGAGUGGGGAGACUUAUCCUCUCAGUUUUACCUCCGUGAAGGAGACAUUGGCAAAAAUCGAGCUGAGGUUUCUCACCCGAGACUGGCUGAGCUGAACACCUAUGUACCCGUGUCUGCCUCCAGCGGCUCCCUGACCGACGACUUCCUCUCCAACUUUCAGCUGGUGAUCCUCUCAAGCUCGACCACAGAGGAGCAGCUGCGCGUCGGAGACUUUUGCCACCGUCACAACAUCAAGUUCAUUGUGGCAGACACCCGGGGCCUGUUUGGGCAGCUGUUUUGUGACUUCGGUGAUGAAAUGGUCGUGUUGGAUCCCAAUGGAGAGCAGCCUCUGAGUGCGAUGAUUUCAAUGAUUACAAAGGAUAACACAGGAGUGGUCACCUGCCUGGAUGAGGCUCGUCACGGCUUUGAAAGUGGCGACUUUGUAACUUUUACUGAAAUCCAGGGCAUGACCGAGCUGAACAACUAUGAUCCAGUGGAGAUCAAAGUCCUAGGACCAUACACAUUCAGCAUCUGCGACACAACCAAAUUCUCAGACUACGUCCGUGGGGGAAUCGUCAGCCAAGUCAAAAUGCCGAAAAAGAUCAGCUUUAAACCCCUAAGAAAAUCUAUCCAAGAACCAGAGUUCAUUAUAACAGACUUUGCUAAGUUCGACCACCCGUCCCAAUUGCACCUGGGAUUCCAGGGUCUUCAUGCCUUCCAGAAGAAAAACGGCAGACUUCCAAAACCUCGCAACGAGGCGGAUGCAAGUGAGGUGCUGGCUCUUACCAAAGAGAUCAAUGAGACUUUAUCCGGAUCUUCAAAGGUGGAGGAGCUGAAAGAAUGUCUCCUGAAGAAGCUUUCCUUCCAGGCCACCGGAAAUAUUGCCCCCGUUAAUGCUUUCAUCGGGGGGCUGGCAGCACAGGAGGCCAUGAAGGCCUUAUCCGGGAAGUUCACACCGGUCAUGCAGUGGUUAUACUUCGAUGCCUUAGAAUGUUUGCCUGAAGAAAACGAGGAGACGUUACUAACAGAGGAGAACUGCAGUCCUAAACAAUCUCGCUACGAUGGGCAAAUAGCUGUUUUUGGAUCGAAUCUGCAGGAAAAACUAGGCAAACGGAAGUAUUUUCUGGUUGGUGCCGGUGCCAUUGGAUGUGAGCUGCUGAAAAACUUUGCCAUGAUUGGUCUGGGCACAGGGGACGGAGGAGAAAUCACUGUGACAGACAUGGACACCAUAGAGAAGUCCAACUUGAACAGACAGUUCCUCUUCAGACCCUGGGACGUCACGAAAAUGAAAUCCGAAACCGCGGCAGCAGCAGUGAAACAGAUGAACCCUCACUUGAACGUCAUCGGGCACCAGAAUCGCGUGGGCACAGAUACAGAGAAGGUCUACGAUGAUGACUUCUUUGAAGCUCUGGACGGUGUCGCCAACGCACUUGAUAAUGUGGAUGCCAGGAUGUAUAUGGACCGGCGCUGUGUGUAUUACCGUAAGCCCCUUCUGGAGUCUGGAACAUUGGGAACUAAAGGGAAUGUACAAGUCGUUAUACCUUUCCUCACAGAGUCCUACAGCUCCAGCCAGGACCCUCCAGAGAAGUCUAUACCCAUCUGUACCCUGAAAAACUUCCCCAACGCCAUUGAGCACACAUUACAGUGGGCUCGGGAUGAAUUUGAAGGCCUCUUUAAGCAACCAGCAGAGAACGUCAAUCAGUAUUUAACAGACCCUAAAUUCAUGGAGAGGACAUUAAAGUUGCCUGGAUCUCAGCCUCUGGAGGUCAUCGAAGCCGUGUACAAAAGUCUAAUUACUGACCGGCCCAAGUCCUGGAAAGAAUGUGUAGCUUGGGCCUGCAAUCACUGGCACACCCAGUACUCCAACAAUAUCCGUCAGCUGCUGCACAACUUCCCCCCGGAGCAGCUGACCUCUUCUGGUGCUCCUUUCUGGUCAGGCCCUAAAAGAUGUCCUCACCCGUUGAAUUUUAGUGGAAACGUUCCCUUGCACUUGGAUUACAUCCUGGCAGCUGCUAACCUCUUUGCACAAUCCUACGGUAUUGCUGUAACCACCGACAGGGCGGUUCUAUUAGAAAUUCUCAAAAGUAUCAGAGUGGCAGAAUUCACCCCCAAAUCCGGAGUGAAAAUCCACGUGUCUGACCAAGAGAUGCAGAAUGCGCACGCUUCCCUUGAUGACAGUCGUCUGGAAGAACUGAAGCAGGGUCUCCCCACAGUAGACAGUCUGGGCGGUUUCAAAAUGUUUCCUAUAGACUUUGAAAAGGACGAUGACUCAAAUUUUCAUAUGGACUUCAUUGUGGCUGCUUCCAACCUGCGAGCCGAGAACUACGACAUCCCACCAGCAGACCGCCACAAGAGUAAGUUGAUAGCUGGAAAGAUCAUCCCGGCCAUAGCAACCACCACAGCUGCUGUGGUGGGACUGGUGUGCCUGGAGCUUUAUAAGAUCGUCCAGGGACACAAGAAGCUUGAAUCCUACAAGAAUGGUUUCAUGAACCUGGCCCUCCCGUUCUUUGGCUUCUCCGAGCCCAUUGCAGCCCCGAAGCACAAGUACUAUGAAAAUGAAUGGACGCUUUGGGACCGGUUUGAGGUGAAAGGAGUUCAAGAUAAUGGAAACGAGAUGACGCUAAAGCGGUUCCUGGAUUAUUUCAAGAAUGAACAUAAGCUGGAGAUCACCAUGUUAUCUCAAGGAGUUUCCAUGCUGUACUCUUUCUUCAUGCAAGCUGCCAAGCUGAAGGAACGCCUUGAGCUGCCAAUGACCGAAAUUGUGACUAAAGUGUCCAAGAAGAAGAUCGGGAAACACGUGAAAGCUCUGGUGUUCGAGCUGUGCUGCAAUGACGACCUCGGAGAAGACGUAGAGGUCCCAUACGUGCGUUACACCAUGCGUUGAGCAUCACGGCAUCUUCACCAGCGAUGCGUAUGGGGGGGGGUUGGGGGAUCCUGGAGCAGAUUGGAAUGGGGGGGCAUGUGAUUUAGGGGGAGGAGUUAAAAGAUAUGGGAUGACUGUUCUACUGCUAGAUAUUAACCCCUUCGAUCCAGCAAAGGGGCCAUGACAAAGGGGGUGCACGAACCUCAUUGUAACUUAUCCUAUCACCUGUCUGGUAUUGUGUGGGUUUAGUGAGCAUUUUCUCUGAUAAUUACUAUUUUUAACACCUAGAUCACCGCACCUGCCCUUCUCCCCACACUCCAACACCUGUAAAGGUUAUCACCCGCAAGCCUGGUCCUCUUCCCCCUAAAUUUGUCCGGUCUCAUCAGCGCUUCUGUUCUAGGAGCUCCGACUACCGCUACAUCUUCUGCUCCAUGUACUCAUAUUGUUAGUUGUUGUAGUGCACACGUUUGCUUUAACCCUUCCACCGCACCAGAAACUUCUGCCGGGGGAAGGGUUAUUGGUCGUUGAGAGUUGAUCUGGAGAGUACAGCGCUCUUAACUUUUAAUGCCAGCUGCAUGGAGAGCGCAUUCUUGCCUUGCCCCACGCCAACACCCAGACCGUGCCAGUUACCCGAGGGCUAUAAGACCAGUAAGAGACAGCUUUAGUGUAAUGAGAAAUACAGUACUGCUGAUCUUGUAGAAACGUUUCUUUAUACUGUGUUUGAAAUCUGAAAAUAAUAAAAAUGAAACCAUA